CCAGAGAUGGAGAACAUGGCAGGAUUGCCAGAAUCCUUCGCAUCCAGGUUCCUCAUCAUCCUCCUCUUCCUCCAGCUGUUCACAAUGGGUUCAGCUCAGUUUUCUGUGAUUGGACCUGUUGAGCCUGUCCUGGCCUUGGAGGGGGGAGACGCUGAGAUGACCUGUCACCUGAACACUAAGGAAAGUGCUGAGUUUAUGGAGGUGAGGUGGUUCCGAUCCCAGCCCUCUAACCUUGUGCACUUAUACUACAAAGGAAAGGAUCUGUGUGGAGAGCAGAUGAAGGAGUAUCAAGGGAGGACGGAGUUGGUGACAGACGCAAUAGAUUACGGGAGUGUGGCCAUAAGAAUACGCAAUGUCAGAGUCUCUGAUGAAGGAAACUAUCACUGCUCUUUCUAUGACGACUUUCAUGAUGACAAAGCCCUUCUGGAGCUGCAGGUGGUUGCUCCCCUCUUCCCGACUGCUUUGUCUUUGAUGGUGGCCCUGGGAGUGACCCUCUCUGUGCUGGGACUGCUCAUCGCUGGGGGUCUUUAUCUCUCCUGGAAACAGCACAGGGACAAAGAGAAACUCCAGAGGGCGCUCAGGUGGAAUUUGUUCCAAUUAUACGAGGCCAACAUCACUCUCGAUCCAGACACGGCUUAUCGCUUUCUCGUCCUGUCCGAGGAUCAGAAACGGGUGAUGCAUGGAGACACAGAGCAGGACCUGCCCGACAACCCGGAAAGAUUCAAUCAUGAUUCCUGUGUGCUGGGCCGCGAGCGCUUCACCUCCGGGAGACAUUGCUGGGGGGUGGAGGUGGGAGACAGGGAUUGUUGGGAUGUAGGGGUUUGUAAGGAGAAUGUGAGGAGAAAAGGGGCGAUCUCGGAAUCACCUGAGCAUGGAUUCUGGGCUGUGGAGAAAGAUGAGGGUGAAUACCGGGUUCUCACUUCUCCCCGCACCCGUCUCCCCCUGAGCACAGCCCCCAGCCGGGUGGUGGUUUUCCUGGACUACGAGGCUGGAGACGUCUCCUUCUACAGUGGCACUGACGGAUCCCACAUCUACACUUUCCCCCGCGCCGACUUCUCGGGGACUCUCCGACCUUUCUUCUACCUUUGGUCUCAGGAUCCAACCCCUCUGACCAUCUGCCGAGUGCCCAGUGGGGCUGGGGGAGACCCGGUCCCUGCCACCUCUCAAGACACCUCAGUGACUCCCCCAGAGAAGAAUCCAGACUCAGCCACUGUAGAUGGGGAUCGCCUCCCUGAGUCUGAUGCCCUAUUGCUCCCCCCCCAACCCCAGCCGAUCCUCCCACCCCUUAGAGACCUAAUACUCAGCCUGAAACUGCUCAAGAAGCCAGAUGUUGUUUUGACAGGUCAAGCAUCAGAAUCUUGCAAAGGAUUGGGCACCACCAUGUUUGAUGAGAAACAUUAUGGUACCAACUUGGUUCUUACCCAGGGUCAAGUCCUGGAACUGAUCCUGCAAAAGGAACUUCAGGUCCUGGUGAGGAGAGCCUGGCUGCCACCAAACAGCAGAGAAUCUGCCCUCCUGCCGGGGCUGCCGGCUGUGACAGCCCAGGGAGGACCUGGGCUGGGAGACCUGGAGGGAGCCAUGGAGAAGAAGGACGGGCAGAGGGGCAGAAAGAUCAAGGCCCCGGUUCACAUCUCAGCCCUGCAAGGCUCCCUCACCCCUGCCCGUCCUCUAGAGAUGUCAGAUGGAGGCAAGGGAACUGUAACAGAGCCCCUGCUGACCUUUGGCCUUUGA